AUGUCUUCCGCUCAGGGCAAGACAGUCAUUGUCACGGGCGCUGCUGGUGGUCUCGGCAAGGCCAUAGCUACUGCUUUCCUCGCAGCCGGCGCCAAUGUCGUGAUUUGCGACGUCAACCCCGAGCGGAUUGCCUCGGUCAACGAGGAAUGGGCCAAGUCCUACCCCGACAAGUUCCUCACACAACAGACCGACGUCACGGACGAGGCUGCCGUACAAAAGCUUGUAGACGACGCCGUCUCUAAGUUCGGCCGUCUUGACAUCCUUGUCAACAAUGCUGGCGUGAUGGACCGCUUCGAGCCAGCGGGUGCCUGCUCCAGGGAGACGUGGAACCGCGUUCUCGACAUCAACCUGAACGGGCCGUUUUUCACCACCAAGGCGGCCAUCGCCCAGUUUGAGAAACAGGAGUCCACUGGCGGCGUCAUUAUCAACAUAUGCUCAACUGCCAGCAUACAGGGCUUCAAAAGCGGCGCCGCCUAUACAGUGUCGAAGGCCGGCCUCGCAGCCUUGACAAAAAACACCGCUGGCUUUUACGGUGACAAGGGCAUCUACUGCAUCGGCUUGGCAUUGGGAGGCAUGGCCACGAAUAUCACGGAUGCCCUUGCCCAGGGCAUGCACAUGGAGAUGUUCCAAAAGAUUCAAGCCUCGCAAUCGCCCGCCGAUGCCUCCAAAAUGGUCCCGAUCGAAGCCGUGGCCAAAUACUGCGUCUUUCUUUCCGACAAGGACAUCAGCUCCUGUUCCAACGGCUCAUGCAUUGUCUUCAAUAAGAACUGGCCCGAGGCAUAA